AUGUUACGCUUAAUAGCGUGGGUUAAGGUUCAAAAUGCUUCUUCAUUGCCCUCUAAUACGCGUCCUAGACUACUCAUUAUUCUUUCGGAAGAUGGCAAGUUUAGCGAGGCUCGCAUAGAGGACUACCUAGCCUCAUCUAACCUUAGACGCCAACUUUCAUCAAGCUUUUCCACACUCAAGAUCUUUCAAUUAGUAGGCAAAUACCUUUCCCCAUCUACCCGUUAUCAACGGCUCUAUACGGAGAUUCGAUAUCAUAUAGAAGAAUUGAGAGCGAUAAAAUCGAGCCUUAGAUGCCUUUUCUCCGCCACUCACCUUCUACAUUUUUUCAACUCCGCAGUAAAGCACACAGCACAUAACCUAGGAGAGGUAUUCGACUUUAUUAAGGUCGCGAGAGACGCAGAUCUAGUUAAAGCAGACCACCAUAUAUAUCUACAGAAGUUUCUCAAGCUCUACGUUCACUUCAAAAUCCCAUACAACAUGGUUACAGCAUUUGUUGCCUCGAGCAUUAUAAUGAAUGCGUACCCGAAAAGGAUGCAUCUCUUUGACCCGUGUUUGAUAUACCGUAACCUAUACAGGUCUCAUUACAAUAAGGCAUUUCAAUUCUCUUAUAGGCCACAAUGCUCUACCUAUUUAGAUCGAGAGGUUUAA